AUGAGUAAAAAAAGUGAAAAAGACGAUGUCGUGCAAAUAUGCAACGAUCCAUAUGACGAUUUUGCUGUAAUCUACAAGGGCCAUAAAUACACGUUACGACCAAAAUACGACAUUUUUACCGAUCUUGUGGGUGAGAAAGAGCUGUACAGCUAUUACACACCUGUUAAAAGAUCAGGACGAAGAAAGCGGCGUAGUAUUUGUGAUAGAAAUCGUGUCAACAAGGCACACAUAGACAAGUUGUUAUCUACUGUAUGCGAUGUACCUCCUCCUAAUCGGCCUGGCGAUGAGUGCUCUUUACCAAGCAAAGACCAGAAGCAGCACAGUGAUCUUGUCGCAGAUGCGCAGUUAUUUUUAAAUUGUAUUAAAAGAAUGAGAAUGAAACACGGUGCUUCUAAACGAGAAAAUUGA